UACCCGGAACUCAACAAAUGAAAACAAUUAAUAUUCAUCAGUGACAGAGUUUUUAUGUUUGUAAAUUGUCCCAGAGACAUCCACAGACAAACAACUAUGUAACAUACGUGGCUACAUUUUAGAACCGGAUUUCACAUUAAAAAGAUCUUACAGUGGAAAAGAAUGGCUGAUGACAUUGAAGAUGUAUCAUUUUUGCCAGGUGAGAAUUUAAACAGGAAGUCAGUCUAUGAACCUUCAGUCAAACAGAGAUGUAAACAGCUUGCUUGUUCAAAAAACAGAGCAACAGCUAUAGUUGUAUUUUGUGGACUCUUAAUUCUUAUUAUAGCUAUCAUUGCUGCAUUUGCUCGUUCUGGAUCUUCGUCCUGUGAAAAAGUAAACACUGUUCUGUCUACUCCGCCACCUAAUAUUACCAAAGAGGACAUUUAUGCCACCAAUGGUGAAGUUUUCCCUUGGCAAGAUAUCCGGUUACCGGACACUGUUGAACCAAUUAGUUACAAUGUAUUUUUAAACCCAGACAUGAAAGCAUUGAAAUUUUCUGGAACAGUGAAAAUUAAAGCAAAAAUCAAGGCAACCACAUCUUUAAUUGUUUUACAUACAAAAAAUUUGACAAUUACAAAGGUACUUGUGAAGCCAUUUACGCUGACAGGACCAAGUACCAAAAGAUCACCUAUAAUUGUUGCAAAACACUUGGAGUUUCUGAAGAAUGAACAGCUGGCUAUUCUAACUGAUAGAAAAAUGUUCACAUCAGCUAGGACGGGGAUUGAGAUUACCAUUAAAUUCAACGCUAACAUUGUCAGUAAACUUGCUGGAUUCUAUUUAAGUAGUUACAAGACAAAGAGUGGAGAAAUUAGACAUAUUGGUACCACUCAGUUUCAGCCAACGGGAGCCAGACAAGCAUUUCCUUGUUUUGAUGAACCAGGACUGAAGGCCACAUUUAAAAUGUCAAUUGUACGAGACAAAAAGCACAUAGCUUUAUUUAACAUGCCCCUGAACAAAACAGAAGAUUUUAAGGAUGGACGAGUGAUAGAUAGAUUCCAGGAAAGUGUCAAGAUGUCAACUUAUCUUGUUGCAUUUGUUGUUUGUGAUUAUAAAUCAAAGAAAGGGAAGACAAAAUCAGGAGUUGAUGUGGCAGUUUAUGCAGCAGAAGACCAAAUAGACCAGGUGGAUUUUGCUUUGAAGGUGGCUAUCACUGUUUUAGAGUAUUAUGAUGAAUUAUAUAAAAUAAGAUACCCUCUACCAAAGCUAGAUUUGAUAGCUAUACCAGAUUUUAGUGCAGGAGCUAUGGAGAACUGGGGGUUAGUUACAUACAGGGAAUCAGCAGUGUUGUAUCACCCAGGGGAAUCUUCAGACUCGGACAAACAGUGGGUAGCAGUUGUAAUUGCUCAUGAGCUAGCUCAUCAGUGGUUUGGUAACUUAGUAACACCAAAAUGGUGGGAUGAUACAUGGCUUAAUGAAGGGUUUGCUUCCUACGUAGAAUACCUUGGUACAGAUAAAGUGGAUCCGACAUUGAAAAUGGGUGAACAGUUUAUAUGUAAGACUCUACAGCGAGCUUUAAGUCGUGACAGUCAGAAAACAUCACAUCCAAUACAUGUACCUGUCCACAAUCCAGAUGAUAUCAACGAGAUAUUUGAUACGAUAUCAUAUGAUAAGGGAGCCUCAGUGAUAAGAAUGUUGAGAGAAUUCCUGGGAAAAGAAAAAUUUAUGGAUGGCAUUACAGCCUACCUCAAGCAGUACAAGUAUGGCAAUGCUGUGACUGUAGAUUUAUGGAGUGCUUUAUCAAAGAAAAGUGGAAAUACAGUUGACGUGAAGUCUGUGAUGGACACAUGGACAUUACAGAUGGGCUAUCCAGUUGUCAGUGUUAAACAGAGUGGUAACAAGUUUUUAUUGACACAACAAAGAUUUUUGUCUGAUGGGUCAGUGACUACAAAUUCUGAUGAAUCUCCUUUUGGAUACAAGUGGCACAUUCCAUUUAGAUAUAUGGUCCUUUAUGAAGAUGAUACAAAUAGUACUGGUAUGGUCUGGCUUCACAAAGGUUCUGCUGAAAUCAGUGUUACAAAAGAUGUAAAGCUGAUUAAAGGGAAUUAUGGGAUGUAUGGAUUUUACAGAGUGAACUAUGAAGAGGUCAUGUGGAAGACUAUUAUACAACAAUUACAGACAGAUCAUACAGUUUUAUCACCAGGUGAUAGAUCAGGUCUGAUAGAUGAUGUUUUCAACUUAGCAAGAGCUGGUUUAGUAAAACACACAACAGCAUUAGAUAUGACAAAGUAUCUGAAGAAAGAACAGGAUUAUGCCCCUUGGUACAGUGCAUUAGAUGGUCUUGGUUUUAUCAGGAAAAUUCUUCAAAAGAGUCCAGCUUAUGAACAGUUCAAGACAUAUACAUUAACCUUGGUUAAACCUAUACAGUCCAGUUUAACAUGGAACGACAGUGGGGAACCUUUACAAAAAUAUCUUCGUUCUAACCUUCUGUCAGAGGUCAUAUUAUUAGGAGAUAGUGAUGCUACAAAGAAGGGAAGACAACUCUAUGAUGAUUGGAUGACACAAAAUACUAGUAUUCCUCCGAACCUGAAGACUGCUGUGUACACUGCAGGGAUUAAGUAUGGAGAAUGGUCAGAAUGGAAAUUUAUGUUGGAGAAAUACAACAACUCCAUCACUCCUUCCAACAAAGAUAGAUAUCUGUCCACACUGGGAGAGACCAGAGAUUCUAUAGUCAUCAACAGGUUACUGCACAUGGCUUUAAAUGAAGAUAUGAUUAAACACCAAGAUUUGUAUAAAGUAAUGAGGGCAGUGACCAAGAAUCCUUCAGGACAAUUGUUGGCAUGGCGAUUUCUACAACAAAAUUGGGAAAAAUUAUUACAAUGGUAUGGAGAUGUAUCCUUUACGUUACCAGAAUUUGUCAAAUCAACAACAUCGUCAUUUUCUACAGAAUUUGAUUACAAAGAGGUGGAAGAAUUUUUCAAGAAAGUAGAUAGCGGUCCAGCUAAGAGAGCUGUGUCGACAGCAUUAGAGAAUAUUAGAACAAAUAUAAACUGGUUAAAAUCUCAUGAAAAUGAGGUCAAAGCCUGGUUGCUGAAAAAUGUAUAGUAAGCAAUAUAAAGAAUGUAUUUGAACAUAUAAAAUUCCCCUACGCAUAGCUGAACAGUAAAUCAACAAUUCUAAUUGAAGGAAAGAAGACAUUCUGUUAUCUGAGUAUUUACCAGGUAUG